CUAGCUUUCUGUGUGCUUAGGUGCCCGAGCUACUGAGGGUCUAAGUCCGGGCAGCCGAAGAGUGUGGUAGGUAACGGUCGUCAGCGCAAGGGUCAUUUCGUCGCUGGGAAGGGACGGCCCUCGCCCGCGGUGAUGGUGGUUAGCAAGAUGAACAAAGAUGCGCAGAUGAGAGCAGCGAUUAACCAAAAGUUGAUAGAAACUGGAGAAAGAGAACGCCUCAAAGAGUUGCUGAGAGCUAAAUUAAUUGAAUGUGGCUGGAAGGAUCAGUUGAAGGCACACUGUAAAGAGGUAAUUAAAGAAAAAGGACUAGAACACGUUACUGUUGAUGACUUGGUGGCUGAAAUCACUCCAAAAGGCAGAGCCCUGGUACCUGACAGUGUAAAGAAGGAGCUCCUACAAAGAAUAAGAACAUUCCUUGCUCAGCAUGCCAGCCUUUAAGAUUGAAUUAGAUUGUGUUGUUGUGGUUUUAUUUCUGAAAGUAAAACUUGCCAUAAAUUAGAAAACAAUUUCCCAAAAUAAAAUCCUUUUUUGUAUGAUGGUAUACAGUUUUCAGUAAUGAUGUAUACAUUGUAUUGAUUUUUUUCCCUAAAUGUGUUAUUUUAAUAAAUAUCUCAUGAAUGAGUUUGAAGUUUGCUUGGAUUUUGAAAUGAAUGGGACUUUGUCUUUAUUACUAAUUCACCAAAUUUGUUGAGCGCAAAAGCAAUUAAUGUAGUUUAAGUAUUUAGUAUGUACAGUUCUCUGUGUUAACAGCUGAGAAGUAAGCAACCUUUUCUGACUGCAUAUGGUGUAUUCCUCUUUUGAGUCCCCAUAAUAUUUUAUAAAUUGUAAUGCCCCAUCUUGUACUACAGUUGUCUUAUUCGUAUUGUUUAUAAACUUUGAGGGUUAGGACUGGGUCUUACUCAUCUUUAUGUGCCUUGCUUAUGCUUCAAAGAAUUUACCAUCUAAUGGAAGAGAGAACAUUUGCAAGUUGGCUCCAUACCAAGCUCCUUCCACAUACUCUACUCAUCUGAACUUUGAAUGCAGAAUCUUUAAAUUGCAACCCCACAUACUAAGGUCAAGAAAGAACUUAAUGGGAAUUAAUCUCCACCCAUUAGCUUUACCCUGACAUCAGGAUUGCCAAAUCCAAUGGACUCUUGUCUAUUCUUACGUGACUUCUGCUGGAAAAUGUGAAUGUUGACCAUCCUGCCACUCGGAACUCUCUUCCCACUCCUCACAUUGCUUUUCCUACCACUGGAAGUUCCUUCUGUUUCUUGUGGAGUACCUUUUGCUGUCUGGGACUCGUAGAUAAUGGUGUUUCCUAGGGCUCCCUCCAGGGCCCUCUGCCUCACUAACUGGAUAUACUUUUCCUGAGCAAAUCCCAGGAAACUUGCGUCAGACCGUGACUUCAAAUACAGGCUGAUAAAUGCUAAACUGUCUCCAAACCAGACUUCAUCCUAGCCUCCACACCCAGACACCCAACUGCUAUGGAUCAACUUUUUAGAAUAUCCUCACUUCAAACUGACCUUACCUAAAAUAAUGACUUUUUCCCCCAAUAAUUGCCCCUGCUAUAUUCCUUAUUUCUGAAUGGUACCUCCUAGCUAUAUAGAUUAUCUGAGGAGCUUACUGAAAUGCUGAUUCUGAAGAUAAGGGGCAUGGCUUUAAGAUUCUGUUAUUUGUGGCAAGUACCCAACUGGUGCUCAUGCUGCUGAUUGAGAACCACUUCUGAAUAUAGCAAGGCUGUAAAUUAUCCACUACGUGCCCUCGUACUUGUCUUAGUUCAAGCCCAGAUUAUUGUAGUAGACUUAGUAUUUCUUUGCCUUAGUUGAUCUGUGACCCCUCCAAUAUCUAUUCCACACUGUUGCCUAAGUGGCCUUAGUAAAAUUCAAGUCUGGUUAUUUUAUUCCCCUGCUUGGAAUUUCUCAAUGUAGAAUGAAACUCAUUCAGCAUUAACACAGAGGCCCUUCUUGAUCUGACAUCGUGUUUCUCUAGUUAGACUAAAGAAUCCCCACUAUGAAGUUGUUUCAUCCGUAAGUACCUUUGAACCCAGAAGCCCCCUUUCUCAUAUGUUUCUCAUUCCUGUUUGCCCUUCAGAGUUCAGCUUUAGUUGCUAAAACAUUCAGACAUCCCUCUGACUUAGAUCCCCCACUACUGCUUUUCUGUGAGAAGCAGCUAUGCAUAAUUCCUCUUCAACACAGUAGUUGAAAUUUUGCAGGCCUCUCCUGGAGAGGAGGAAAUGACUUCUCUGACUUUGUAUGAUGCUUAUUUGUGGAUGAAUGGGCAAGGGAAAAAAUGAAGGAACAAGUGAAUGAACAGUAUGGGAGUAUGAGAAAAGGUAUAAAUUGGGUAUAGUUGAGAAAAGGAUUCAAAUUGAUCUUUGGUUCACUUCGAGAGACAAUUUCAUCUUUCUGAUGAAUUUAAAGUGUAGUCUUUGAACCAGCUGGGCUUAAUUAUGUAAAGUUUUGAGCCUGAGAUAAGCACACAAUCACAAAACCUACCCAAACAAGUUUUUUGUUUCACUUCAUCUCUUAUAAAACAAUGUUCUGAAGUAAGUGAUAGGGAUGCUCAUCAUUCUGCUACCUAUUAUCACAAUGAAAACAAUCAUAAAUAGUACACAGGAAAGGUGAGAAAUAGCGGAUAGUUCUUAUUUCAUAGUACUGUAUAUGGAAAUAAACCAAAUUUGCUCAUAUACUAUUUUAUUACCUCAAAAAUAUAUAAAAAUGAAAACGUUAUGAAAAUAUUUUAAAAUGGGAUUUAAAAAUAAUUGAGAACAUCACAGCAAUUUAGAAUACUAAAGAGCAUAGCUUUAAAAUGAUAGUGCUGAGAACUCCUCACCUCUACCCCACCACCUAUAGGCUUCUUUGACAACUUACAAAUGUUCUCUAGUUUGUAUCUAGAAUCACUUAUAUCUUUCAAAUAAACCAACUUUGUGAACA